UUGGUUGAUACAGAAGAAUGUUCGGAUCGAUACAGAUACAGCAAAAUCAACGUGGUGUCGCAGCAGACGACAGUUUCAGUAGCGUGAAAAUCAGUGAUGCAACGGAUUGAUGUUAUAAAAGACGCUGCCUUAGUUUGUUUGCUAGAUAUAUACUCCUUACAUGUCACAGAAAUUACAGCAGACGACAUCUGAGCAGACGACAUAUGAAAUAGAACUUAGUACUGAAGAGAAAGAACGCCAGCUGCUAGGAUGUAUUGUCACUAAUUGAAAUAUUAAAGACAGGAUAUUUACAUUAAGAUAUUCGUUUAAGGAUACUGUGGUCAGACAUAUUUUAUUUAAUUUUUGUCAAAAUAAGUUUUUUCUUUUGUUACAUUUUACAUGGAUUUGAAACAGUUGUGAUUCGGCUUCAGCAGGAUUUGGUUAUUGAGAGGAGCUACAGUGCUGACAUUUUAUUUUGGGAAGUUAGUAAUUAGUAUCGGCCUCGAACAGGAAGUGUGAAAUUUAGUUGAGAAAAUACUAAAAUUUGACUGCAUUAGUCGGAAUAGCAUCAAAAUGUGCCUUUAUUAUUAUUUGAUUUUCCUUAUAAAUAUUAUGAUAACCGGAAGUCUUUCCAGAAACCGAGACACUUGGGAACAAAUAAGUGUGCGGUAUGGCUUUUGGCACAAUCUUCCAAAAUACGACAGAGCUGCCUUCGAUGACGGAUAUUUCCGAUUCAACGAUGUGUGCAAAACGGACUAUUUUCAUGGGUUCUUGUUCACAAAGGAAAGCAACACACAAGCAUUACCAAUUUAUGACUUGAAUGGCGAACUUGCAGGCGUACAGACAACGAUUCCCGGAAACAUGCACGGGUACGAUUCCCGCAACAUGAGCAUCGACCUUCCGCCUGUAGAGAUCAUGCCGCCCGUGCUGAAGGGUCACAGGGACAAACAUGGAAUCCUAUAUUAUACAGUAACCGCAUAUUUCAAGCACCCGUCGCUAUUGUGUAGUCCGUUGCUUCCAAAAGGUGUGCGUCCUGGGCGUGGCCUGUAUAUUCAAAUGGGAAAUAACCCCGAACAUCAUCACCAACAUAUACCUUUGCAGAGCAAACAUCUUACUCCGCUGUGGAAGAAGGGCCAUUGCGCACCGCUGAUGGGAACGCAUUACUUCAUGGGCCUUACACCGUCCUUGCCGUGUGAGAAGCUAUACCCGCUGUUCCUCAUGUAUGAUAUAGAAGGUAACCUCGGUGCCUUUGGCUGGGUGUUCCAGGGAAGGCCAAACAAUUUCUACGUCGAGGACAGUUUUGGCUGGUUCGGCCUUACUCCUAAUACAUAUCCGUUUUUAUUCAAUAAUAGCAUGCUGCCUUCGUGUAUGUUUCACAAGUCAUUCCAAGUGUUUGGACUGCGUAUAUACCUACAAGACAAGCAAAAGUUACUCUGCAAGCGCGUAGAUGACCUUAAGACAGAAAGCGAUCAACUUUCGUCAUUACAAGCUAAUCAAGGGCAGGGAACUGUAAUAUCAGUGAAUAGUGUAGACGAAACGGAAGAAAUCAAUGAACAAGAAAAGACAUUUAAAAAGCCAAGUAUUAAAAACUCAAAUUCUGCAGCUGCUCCCUCCGUAGUUUACACACAAAUGCUGCUUUCUUUAUUAGCAAGUCUUGCUUAUUAUUCUGGACAGUGGAGAUAGCGCUCGGUUCUUUUAAAAUAUGCAAAAACCCACUAACCCCACUGGGUUAAAUUCAUAGCAAUAAACUUGAGCUUGCCCCGCGGAAGUCACUUUAACAGUCACGAAAGUCACUUUAAAUAUGCAAGUUCUAAGUCGGCGGUGACACUUGAAUUGUUCGAGUUGUUGACCAAUGGAAAUCGCAGAGACAUUGUUCCGUGGUGUUCAUUUAAGUAACCGGUGGAUAGUCAAUGAAAUAUCAUGAAAAAAAGGAUAUGCGAGUAAUACAUAAAGCACAAUGUUAAGCUAUUCUAUAUAUGUCUAUCAUCCACGUUCUGUGCACGUAUAGUCAGUGUUCACAUGCAAGAAGGAAUUUGAAUAGCUCGAAAGGGAUUUGAACACCACACAAUGUCACCGUGAGUUAGUCAUGCAAGAUGAGAGAAAAGUCUGAUGGUACACUCCACGUGGUAUUCCCACCUUACUUACCCUCGCUUAUUAAUUGUUAAGCUUUGCUUUUUCGCCAUAUUUGAUAAGGCACUAUGUAUAUAAACACAGUAUUAGAUCCUACGUUGUAUGUUUAAGAUGGAGUUGAGGGGAAAAAUACAACAUAAAUAAUAUAAUUAAUGUAGUGAUAACAUUGACCUUGACCUUGCUAUCGAAUUUAAUGUCAAAACAUUCAGAAGAAUAAAGAAAAUUUACAUUACGAAGGAUUAAAAUUUAACAAAUACACCAACUCGUCAGAGAUCAUAGAAUAUGAAAAGAAGGCUAAAACACCAUUCAAACAACUGCCAAGUUUGAAAGUGAGAGUUUAAAGAAAGCUAGUAUAAAGACGAAUUUAUCUAAAACAUCACUGAGCAGAUCAUUGUUUAUCUAUAGAACGAGAAACUCGUUCCCUCAUCAGAAAACUCAGGAUGAAUCACGCUUAUUUCUGCUAACAUUUACAGAAUUAUGAAUCCGUCCAAAUCAUCUCGGUAUCAAUACGCAACGGAGCAAAUUGUACCAAUUCAAUCUGGCAGUGCUCGUAUUAUCUAAUAGAAUGUAUCGGGGGAAAACAUAUUCUGCAUUAAGAAGAAAAUACAACACACACUACUAGAUUAAUGAAACAAUUGCUUGUUCUCCCAAUACGGAUGCAGUUUCUGAAUGGACAAAAAACGAAACGAUUUAAAAUAAAAACGGGGUCAUCCAACGCCAGAACUGUCAGCUGUAGAUUGUUUAGUGCUCAGAACUGCUGUAGACAUUGCAAUGGUUAAUGUUAAAUGGUGACUCAUUGCAACGCUCUGUAUCCGAGUAGAGUAGAUAUAAGCAAACUGAAAACGCUUGGCGCGUUUCCUUGCAAUUAUUGGCUUGACUUGACAUAACUAGUUAGAAGGAAAUUGAAGUGAGGUAUAUUACAUUGUCCAUACGUUCAUGGUCAAUUACAGCCAGACCAAUCUGUAUACUGUAUAUGGCAGUCUGUUGUACCGAUAUAUCAAUCGAAAAAAUGUCUUAUUCUUCGGAAAAUCAAGAUACGGCAUUUUGUUUGGACUGCAAUUUGGCUUUGAUUGUAAGAUGAAGACAGAAAAUAAGGUUGUCAGGAUGAAACAUCAUUGCGUUUAUGGGAAAGGAAGAUGAUGAAAACAUCAAGAUUAUAUGUGUUUCUUUCUUUACAAAAUCUUGAAAAAUCAUUUGAGAAGAAGGCGAAAUAAUCUAGAACAUGUAGGCAACUUCCAGUGUAUUAUUGCACAAAGUGAUCAAAUGGUUCAGCAGUCGCAGACAUAUUUUUCAAAGAAAAAAAUGGAAGUCCUAAUAACUGCUGGCAACAGAACCUAUGAGUAGCUGAGAAAAAGUCUGGACCAAAGGCGUUAUGACCACAGGCUUGCAGUGUGUUAUGACGGAGGGCGGUUCUGUGUAGAAUAUUCUUUUAACCAAUUUAAUAGAUUGAAUGAAGCAGAACAUUUGAUGACAUUAGAGAAAAUAGUUCAGACAGUAUGAGUAAUAUUGAACAUUAAAGUAUAUUGAACCACUUGCAAAAUGUCUAAUACAGCAGAUGGAGAUGUCGAUAAGUGAGAAGAUAUAGGAAAAUGUUUGUGUUGAUGCAAAAUUGUAUUAGAGUGUUGAAAUCGUGAUAAAAGAUUCAUACUAGAUGAAGUGCAGCGUUAUUAAUAUAAAUAUGAUUAAAUAUAUUUGUAUACAAAGUGAAUAUGGUUUUGCUUGCUCAUUAAAAGACAAGAAUAUUAAUGACAUUGUAAUAUAACGUUAGACAAAUUGAAUUUUCAAAUUAUUUUAAUUACCUUAUUUUUGUAUCUGUUCGUUUUCUUUUGUUGCAAUAUGCUGCAUGGAAAUGGUUAAUGAUAUCACAAAUUUGUUUUAUGACAUUUAAUAAAGAUGUGCCUUUUGUGAGCGCUGGAAAUCUUUCAAUAUCUAAAUUGACACGCGGCAAAAAUUAUCGACAUCAUGUUACCAUAGCAACAAGGUUAAUUGUCUUUAAUAAAAAAAUAUUUUGAUAUUGGUAAUUUGUCUAGAGGCUCUUUAUAGAAGAUAUAAUUAGUACGCCCAGAGUGAUGUUCAUUUUAAUAAGGCUCACAAUAGAACACUGACUUUCGAGCGAGAUAGAAUAUGGUUGCUAUAGCAACUGUCUGUUUAUCCUUUCAUUUCAAUACGUAUUUCAAGAAAGUAAUAACUUACGCGUAUAUCUAUAUAGAUUUCUGUUUCGCUUCCAUCAAAGUAAAUGUCAGUGGUCAAUUAUGCAAAGCUUUUAAAGAUACGCGAUAAAUCUAAGAGAAAAAAGCAUGACGUACGGUUUAUUUGAUGAAAGCAUUCCAGAUAAAAUGUCAUUUCAUCUCAUUUACUAAUUGAACCAAAAUUAUUAGAAAUGAGUUUUACGGUAAUUUAUCGAAUAUUAGAAACGUUUAUUUUUAGCUAGAAUAAAUACAUGGUUUGUGGUAUAACCUAAAGCCGUGUGUGUAUACAGCGUAAAAUCGAAAUAGAUAAGCUAUAAUACCGAACGCUAGAGUAAAAUCAUUUUGUUAUGUCAUAUGUUAUAAUAUUUUUAUUGAAUUAUAUCAUUAUGAUGACGUCAUUGGCAUACUUUUUGUCAUUUCAUUAAUUUUGUGUUUUAAGUUCGAUAAAAAUAAUGCUAUUAUUCUGUAUUAAUUAAACUUUUGUACAAACCGC